AUGCCCGGCCGCCCUGACGACUACGAGGUGCUGCUCACCAUCGGUGCCGGCUCCUACGGCAAGUGCCGCAAGGUGCGCCGCAAGGCCGACGGCAAGAUCUUGGUAUGGAAGGAGCUUGACUACGGCUCAAUGACAGAGGCAGAGAAGCAAAUGCUUGUUUCGGAAGUGAACUUGCUUCGCGAGCUGAGACACCCGAAUAUCGUCCGGUAUUAUGAUCGGAUCAUCGACAGGAGCAGCACAACCCUGUACAUCGUGAUGGAGUACUGCGAUGGGGGCGACCUGGCUAGCUUAAUCGCCCGGUGCACGCGAGAAAGGCGUUACUUGGAAGAAAGCUUUGUUCUCCGAGUAUUGACUCAAUUGACGUUGGCCUUGAAGGAAUGUCACAGGAGAAGUGAUGGUGGAGUCACUGUGCAUCGUGACCUAAAACCAGCAAAUGUCUUUCUGGAUGGCAAGCAGAAUGUGAAACUUGGAGAUUUUGGACUGGCUAGAAUACUGCACCAUGACACCAGCUUUGCCAAGACAUUUGUUGGAACUCCAUAUUAUAUGUCUCCAGAACAAAUGAACCACAUGUCAUACAAUGAAAAAUCUGACAUCUGGUCUCUGGGAUGUCUCCUGUAUGAAUUAUGUGCUCUCUCGCCUCCAUUUAGAGCUUACAAUCAAAAGGAGCUGGCAGAAAAGAUACGGGAAGGGAAGUUCAGACGAAUACCAUAUCGUUUCUCAGACAAGUUGAAUGAACUUCUCAAAGAGAUGCUGAAUGUAAAGGAUUAUUGCCGGCCUUCUGUUGAAGAUAUUCUGCAGCACCCCUUGAUAGCAGACUUAGUGACAGAAGAACAAAGACAGAAUUCUGACAGAAGAGGCCAGAGAUCAUGGGAGCCAGAAAAGCUGCAGCACUCGGAUGCUGCACUGAGUGAGCUGAAGCGAAAGGAACAACAAUUACAGGAGCGAGAACAGGCCAUCAAAGAGAGAGAGCAACGCUUGGAGCAGAGAGAACGGGAACUCUGUGUUCGAGAAAGGCUGGCAGAGGACAAGCUUGCUAGAGCUGAAAACUUGAUGAAGAACUACAAUCUCUACAAACAGCAGAGGACAUCAGUUUGUGCAGAUGGUCCAGGUAUGAAAAUACACAAGAAGCCAAUCACAGUGAUAAAUAAGAAAGUACAAUUUGAGGGAAGUGAAGAGAAUGCAGUGCCUCCUAUUAAUACGGAAAACUAUCCCCUUUCUAAAGGGAAAAGCUCUGAUCUCAGAAAACGUCUAUAUGCUGCAAAUCUACGGGCUCAAGCACUGUCUGAACUGGAAAAAAACUAUCAACUAAAGAGCAAACAAAUCCUGGGCAUGCGCUGAAACUGUA